ACUGAGGUCUGUGCUCUUGUUUCUUUCAAAAGCAUACAUAAGAGUUCAUCACAUUUUUGUGGAGUGCACCAACUUUUAUAGAGUUGAAUGUUUUUGUCUUUCACUGCCAACAAAUACAUAAUAAAAAUGAUCGGCAUAUAAAAGUAUAAGACAACAGGUGCACCAUGGUAAAAAAAAAAAAAUCUCUAGUCUUGUGCUGAAGUGGAGUCAGGUUCUAGGGGAGGAGCAAAAGCAGCAGUGGGCAGAGCCUCCGCUGACAAAGACCUGCAGUUGGGAGAUAAAGUGUUUUAGUCGCUGCUGAAGCCGCCGUGUGUCACUUCACCUCAGACUCAGUGCGAUGGAGAAGGGGCGGCAAUGUGUCACUUAACAUGAGGAUAUUUUAGGAUCUUAAUCGUCAACCACCAUGGUAAGAAGAAGACCAAGAAGACCAAGAAGAAGACCAAGAAGAAGAAGAAGAGUCAGUUCUGCAGAGCAGAGCAGAAACACGUUUGACCUUAUUCUAAAAACAAACAAAAAUCAUCAGCAGGAGAUCCAGGAGCAGCAGGGCUUUCCAAAGAAACAGUCUUUCUGAACAUGUGGUGAUCUUCGCAACCAAACCCACAGCACAACGCACAACGCUUGGAAGUGUCAGUCUCGUCCAUUAUUUUGCAUCAGCAUCAGCUACUGACAUGGCACAUCCAUACGAGCCCUGGCUACGGACAGCCCCUCCAAGUGGCAAUGCAGAGGACAUGAACAUCCCCCCCUGGUGGGACCUUCACAGAGAUGUCCAAGCCGGGAGCUGGAUAGAUCUGCAGACAGGCCAGGGUGUAGGUCUGCCUGGAGUGAAUCCAGGGACAUCCAUGGGUUUGCAGCCCUCAUUAGGGGCUUACAGCUCUGACCCGCAGCUGUGCACCCUGCCCUCUGCUCAACAUGUUCAGCCUACACACUCACCUCACCUCUUCCCCCAGGAUAGCUUCAAGAUGGAACCACUUGCCCCAGAAAUGCUGCCGCAGGAGUCAUUUUCCCUGGAGGAACCUCCGGAAACCUCCGUCUCUGCCCGUCCAAAACCUCAGCGCCGCUCUUCUUCCAGAGGCGCCGGUCAGGCCGUGUGUCGCUGCCCAAAUUGUGUGCAUGCCGAACAAUUGGGUCAGAGCACCGACGACAGCAGGAGGAAACACAUGCACAACUGUCAUAUUCCAGGGUGUGGAAAGGCCUACGCCAAGACGUCACACCUGAAGGCACACCUACGAUGGCACAGCGGCGACCGGCCAUUCGUCUGCAACUGGCUCUUCUGCGGGAAGAGAUUCACACGCUCCGACGAACUGCAGCGCCACUUGCAGACCCACACCGGAGCCAAGAAGUUUAGCUGUGCUUUGUGCCCAAGAGUCUUUAUGCGCAACGACCAUCUGGCAAAGCACAUGCGUACACAUGAGUCCCCACCAGGACUUGGGGAGGAGAGGGUGAACGGAGAUGUCAUGGACAAGGGCUUUGAAGCCUCCAAUCCCUCUCAGUCCUCUUCAAACAUGUCUGUGUCUGACACCCCGGAGUCACAGAUGAAGCUUAAAUGUGAGAAUGAACCAGAAGUCUCCAGUGUGAUGGGGCAUUCGGGCUAAUUUCACCUGUUAACCAUUGGUUUGCAGUUAACGCCGUAGAUGUGUCGUAGAUUUUCAACGGAAUAGAGAAAAGGAAGACGUCUUUACGCCUCUAGACCAUGAAGUUUGGAUGGAACUGAACGUCCACUGUCCUGUAGGGUUAUCAACUGGACGAAGAUGCAUACAUCGUCUAAGCUCAUUAAGGGAAAAGUGAGGAAAGGGCAGAACACCGUGCUGAAGUUGUACAUCGUGUCACUGUACUGUGAACUGAAACAGUUCCAAGCAGACAGUGACGAUAUCUUACUUUCUCUGUUUCAGAUUGACUUUUGUUGUAGUGCAGCAGCCUACUGAGCGACUAUGUGUUGACACACUGGAAUUAAAAACGACAGCGUUUACAACAACCUUUUUUUUUUUUUUUCAAGAAGUCAAUAGUUGUUUACAUGGUGCCACUGAAUUGGGCGUGUGUUUACUGGCGCGUGAGUAAGUGUUACGUAAAACAAAGUAAGAGCAA